AUGGAUGAACUACGUAAGAUUAUCCCUGAUCAGUGUGGUAUCAAAGGAAAUUGUGAGAUUGGAUUAUUUAGACAUAGACAUGUAUUGAUUCAGUUAUCUCUCAUGGAGGAUCUUGUUAAUCUAUGUUCUAAAACCUCAUACUAUUUAAACUCCAAAGAUGGAUAUUCAUACUUGAUGAGGCCUCUUAUUUAUGGUACAAAGUUUAAAACAGAUGAGGAAACUUCUAAAGUAAUAUCAUGGAUAGCAUUGCCUGAUUUAAUGCCCACUUUCUUCGUGAAGGAGGCUAUUUUUUCAAUUGCAUUAGCUGUUGGUACUCCUUUGCAUGUUAAUAAGGCUACUGAGAAUCGUACUAGACCUAGUUUUGCUAGGGUAAAGGUGAUGAUUAACUUGUUGGAUGAACUUCCGGAUUUUGUUAACAUGGAGAUAGAGGAUGAUGUAUCUCAUGAGAUCAGAAUUGAAAAAGUGAAAAUCAGGUAUGACAAUCUCCCAAAAUAUUGUCGUGAGUGUAAACUACAAGGCCACAAUGAAGAUGGAUGUUGGAACUUGCAUCCUGAAUUAUAUCAGGAGGAGGAAGGCAAUGCAGUUGUCAACAUGGAGAAAGGGAAAGAGAUGGUUAUUCAUAAGGAGAAACAAGUUGAUCCAGUGCAAUCAAACAGAUGGAAUUAUCAGAAAUUUAGAAAAGGAAGAGCAAGAAUUCUAGCCAGUGGAAGGAUUCUAGGUGAUCCAGGAAACUGGAAUGUAGUCAAGGAUGGAAGAGAGCUUAUUAACCAGAAUCAGGUCAAGGAUAGUGUCAAUAGUCACAACAAGUUUGAUGUUCUCCCAGAUACGCAAAGCAAUGGAGAGACUACAAAGAAGUGGGUGAAUAAAUCCUUUGUUAGAGAAAAGAAAGUCGAGGAAGAGGAAUCAAAUCAUGCUACAAUACAAGAUGAAAUAGAAGACAAUAUCCUACCAAUAGCAGAAGAGGAUAGUGAGAAAAGACUAUAUGCUGAGAAGUCUGGUGAGUUGAUGGUAGGAAUGGAGGUCAAUGAAUUAGAGAAUGAUAAACAGGUUCACAUAAAUGAUAUAGAGGAAGUGAAUGAUAGUAACUCACAAGCUAUCGUUCAGGUUCCUUUACUUGUAGCAGCUGUUAAGAUCAAAUCUCCUAUGAAGGACCUGCAUGAUGUUGUCUCUCAUAAUAUCAUAGAGUCUGAGGUUAUUCAUGAAACAGGUGAAAAGGCUGCAAGCACCUGUGAUGUUGAGGAAUCUGAGGUUAUGGAUGCAGUCUUAGAUAAUGUAGGAGUGGCAGCAGGAUUAUCUCCAAAAUCUCACUCUAAGGCAUCAAAGAAGAAACAUGGUAACUCUGAAGGGCAACCACUUAGAGUUAUUCCAUACAGAGCAGCAAAAGAUAUAGAUGUGGAUAUUGUGUGGGAUGAUUCUCAACAAAUUUCGUGUAAGCUUACUUUCCAACAGAUGAACAAGAUCAUGUUUGUCACCAUGGUCUAUACAAAGUGUGAUGCACUUGCUGAUGGGAUGGUAGCUCCUUGGCUGAUAGGGGGUGAUUUUAAUGUGAUCUUGAAUGAGGAAGAGAAGAUUGGUGGAUAUCCAGUAUUGCCAACUGAAUAUGAAGACUUUGCAUUUUGUAUUAACUCAUGUGAACUAAUUGAAGCAGGUUUUAAAGGAAGCCCUUUCACUUGGUGGAAUGGGAGAUCUGAUGGGCAGUUGGACCAUCUUGCUAGGACUGGUUCUGACUAUACUCCUAAGUUGUUAUCCAGUAAUGAACAACAACAACAAUUUAUUAGGCCUUUCAAAUUUCUGAAGUUUUGGGUAGAGCAUGAAUCUUUCCAAUCAGUUGUAACUCAAAACUGGCAUGCAAAAGAGGAAAGGGAGGUAUUCUUAUCUUUUAAAAAGAAAGUGAAGAAAAUUAAAGAUGUUUUAUCAGCAUGGAGCAGGCAGGUUUUUUGGGACAUAUUCGUGCAGUUGAUUAUUAGAGAGGACAUUGUGAGAAUUAAAGGACAGUUGUUUGAAGAGUCUCCUACUGAAGUUAAUAGAAUGGUGUUACAAAGAGCUCAAGCUGAACUUAAGAGAUACUUGCACUAUAAAGAGGAGUUUUGGAGACAAAAGUCUGGCUAUGAUUGCUUUGUUGAGGGGGAUAGAAACACCAGAUUUUUUCACAAUAUUGUCAAACAGACUGUGUUUGAAUUAUCUGGGGAUAGUGCUAGUGGUCCAGAUAGACUUACAGGUAUCUUUUAUCAAUGCUGCUGGGAAACUGUUGGUGUAGAUGUAUUUAAUGUGGUAAAGGUGUUCUUUGAGGUUCAGACUUUGCCUAAGUCUAUUACUCAUACAAACCUGGUUUUAUUGCCUAAGAAUAAUGAAGUGGAAAGCUUUUCUGACAUGAGGCCUAUUAGCCUUAGUAACUUUAUCAACAAAGUUAUCUCUAGGGUGGUGCAUAAAAAAUUGGAGAAGGCCUUACCUAGAUUGAUAUCUGUCAAUCAAUCAGGUUUUGUAAAGGGCAGAAAUAUCAUUGAGAAUGUUUUGCUAACCCAAGAGAUUGUUUCUGAUAUAAGGUUAAGAGGCAAGCCAGCUAAUGUAGUCCUCAAAUUUGACAUCACUAAGGCCUAUGAUACAGUCUCUUGGGGGGAUCCAUUAUCACCUACCUUAUUCAUACUAUCUGCUGAAGUACUAACAAUGGCUCUUAAUGCAGUAUUUGAUGAUCAAGCUUUCAAAGGGCAUGGAAUGCCAAAAUGGAGUGCUAAUCUUAAUCACUUGGCUUUUUCAGAUGACACCAUAGUUUUUGCUUCAGCAUAUGCAAAAUCAAUGGAGUUAAUUAUGGAUACUUUGAAAGCUUAUGAAGAAAUCUCUGGAUAG